CUAAAUAGCUACAUAUUUUUUCUCAAGGUGAGAGAUACUAAUAUUAGUACUUAGAGCACUGUAUUAAUCCCUUUUUGUUUCUGGGUGUGCGUUUUUGUGUGCAGGCUUAUCUGCCCUGGGCCUCUUUGGUCACAUAGCGCUCAUCUGUGAAUGGAGGCCCUGGCUCCCUUCCCACUGAGUAUUUUUGGGGAACAGAAAGAGGAGGCAUUUCUCUCUGAAGAUGAACUCAACAGACCACCUUCAGGAUGCCGCCAAUGCCACCUUGCUUCACAUGCCUCACAUGCAGGGGGAAAACAGCACCUCUCUCCAGGGAGAUCUUCAGGACCUCAUCCACACAGCCACCUUGGUGACCUGUACCUUUCUACUCGCAGUCAUCUUCUGCCUGGGCUCUUACGGCAACUUCAUUGUCUUCUUGUCCUUCUUUGAUCCAGCCUUCAGGAAAUUCAGAACCAACUUUGAUUUCAUGAUCCUGAACCUGUCCUUCUGUGACCUCUUCAUCUGCGGCGUGACGGCCCCCAUGUUCACCUUCGUGCUGUUCUUCAGCUCAGCCCGAGGGAUCCCAGAUGCGUUCUGCUUCACCUUCCAUCUCACCAGCUCAGGCUUCAUCAUCAUGUCCCUGAAGACCGUGGCUGUGAUCGCGCUGCACCGGCUCCGGAUGGUGCUGGGGAAGCAGCCCAAUCGCACGGCCUCCUUUCCCUGCACUCUGCUCCUCACCCUGCUUCUCUGGGCCACCAGUUUCACCCUCGCCACCUUGGCUACCUUGAAAACCAGCAAGUCCCACCUGUGUCUUCCCAUGUCCAGUCUGAUUGCUGGAAAAGGGAAAGCCAUCCUCUCUCUCUAUGUGGUCGACUUCACCUUUUGUGUCGCCGUGGUCUCCAUCUCUUACAUCAUGAUCGCCCAGACCCUGCGGAAGAAUGCUCAAGUCCGAAAGUGCCCCCCUGUCAUCACAGUCGAUGCUUCCAGACCGCAGCCCUUCAUGGGGGCUUCGAUGAAGGGAGGGACCGAGCCCAUGCAAUGCACCAUGCCGGCUCUAUAUAGGAACCAGAAUUACAACAAACUGCAGCACAUUCAGACCCACGGGUACACCAAGAGUCCCAACCAGCUGUCAACCCCUGCAGCCAGCCACCUCCAGCUGGUGUCAGCCAUCAACCUCUCCACCGCCAAGGAUUCCAAGGCCGUGGUCACCUGUGUGAUCAUUGUGCUGUCGGUCCUGGUGUGCUGUCUUCCACUGGGGAUUUCCUUGUUGCAGGUGGUUCUCUCCAGCAACGGGAGCUUCAUCCUUUACCAAUUUGAACUGUUUGGAUUUACCCUUAUAUUUUUCAAGUCAGGAUUAAACCCUUUUAUAUAUUCUCGGAACAGCACAGGGCUGCGAAGGAAAGUGCUCUGGUGCCUCCAGUACAUAGGCCUGGGCUUCUUCUGCUGCAAACAGAAGACCCGACUUCGAGCCAUGGGAAAAGGGAACCUCGAAGUCAACAGAAACAAAUCCUCCCAUCACGAAACAAAUUCCGCUUACAUGUUGUCUCCAAAACCGCAGAAGAAAUUUGUGGACCAGGCUUGUGGCCCAAGCCAUUCAAAGGAAAGUGUGGCGAGUCCCAAGAUCUCGGCGGGGCAUCAACACUGUGGUCAGAGCAGCUCGACUCCCAUCAACACUCGGAUCGAACCCUACUACAGCAUUUACAAUAGCAGCCCCUCCCAGGAGGAGAGCAGCCCAUGUCACUUACAGCCAGUCACCUCUUUUGGAUUUGCCAACUCGUAUAUCGCCAUGCACUAUCACACCACUAACGAUUUAAUGCAAGAAUACGAUAGCACUUCAGCCAAGCAGAUUCCGGUACCCUCUGUUUAAAGCCAUGGAGGCUGGGGAAUCUCCCAGGAACGACUUUUUGUUUCUGAUACUUAUAGACUUUUUUAUAACUUGGAGAUCAGAGGCAGAUUGAAACCUAAAGAUUCAGCUAAAAAGUUGGCUGUUAGGGUUUUAUUUUGUCUGCAGGAUUAGUAUCUUUUGAUUUGCUUUAUAGUUUCUUGACACUUUAAGAUUUGAUGUAAAAGUUUAUUUAGAUUUUUACCCUGAUCUCUUCCCCAAUCUUUUGUACUUGAACCUUUAAGUAGAUGCCAGGAAUGAUGCUACUAUGGUAAAGCAGAAAAUUGACUGGUUGUGAUCAUGUGAAUCAAUGUUAUAGGUCUUCAAAGUAUAUUUUGGCUGGAUUUUUUUAAAAGAAUGUGAAGGUAUGCUCUUUGCUGAGGUGUUAUUUUUAUUCAUUGAAUUGUAAAUUUUGACCUUUUGAAGUAUUGAAAUAGGAAACAAUACACCUUUUUGGUAGCAGAUUGAUUUGAAGAAAUAAUAUAUUGUUAAAGCAGAAACCAGAAAUAUGUUACCUAUAAACUCUGUCCUUACCAAAAACACAUAGGCAUGAGGUACUUUCCUUUCAUAAGGCAGUCAACUAAGAAUAUAGUAUUAUAGUUAUUAUCAUUUUUUAUCAUAGAUGUUAUUUUCUGUCAGUUGAAUAGCUUUAUAGUUCUUUUAAAAAGAGAGAUGUUAA